AUGGCUGCAGAUGGAAACUCGAGUGACAAUGAGAUGAAUGAAAUUAAACAGGAGCCACUUCCAGAAGAAACGUCGUACGUUUUUGCUCCAGACAAGCUGUUUGAGUCUUCGGACUCCCCUCCUCCUGAACCUCUGGGACAGGAUAAAGGAGCAGCUUGUGAUGCUCCUGUAGCAUCAACAAGGGAAGAAAAAGAUCCCCAAGCUCUCACUGAUGACCGUGAGACCAAACAUGUUCCUCGUAAUUCUUCUGAGGAGAACGCUGGCAACGGCAACGUCUUCUCAUCCCUCAGCUUCCCAAAGAAACUCUGGCAACUGGCUGAGAGUGACGAAUUUAAGGCCAUCUGGUGGGGUCACUCUGGAAACUAUAUUGUGAUCGAUGAGGAAAUGUUUAAAGUGGAAGUGCUGGGAAGGACAAGACCUCCGAGAGUUUUUGAGACUGAGAGUAUGAAAAGUUUCAUUCGUCAACUUAAUCUGUAUGGAUUCACCACACUGCAACAGGACUUGCAAAGAUCUCCCUCGCUUCCUGAAUUUCCGAAAGAAGAGGAUGCAUUUUCUGAUCAUAGGAAGAUACUCUACUACUAUAACCCCAACUUCAAGAGAGAUUCUCCCCACCUGCUCAAGAACUGCAAGCAACGAGUUGCCCUGAAGAGGAAAGCCCUGCAGGCGGGGCUGGAUGAGAGCUGCCCCAGCAGCAGCCUCUAUGCCCAGCCUGGGUGGAGAGAUGCUGAUAUGGAUGAGGAGGACCCGCUGGCAGCAGCUCCAGAAGAAGACACACAGCCAGCGGCACCCGCGGGGUCCCCACUCCCCAAGCACUGGGCAAAAGCCACCCCUCAAGCCAGCGGUGCCCAUACAGCCUCGCAGGGAGCUGCUCCCACCCUGCCAGAUCCUGCUGCAGCAGCAGGCAGGGACAAGCAGCAGCGUCUGGACCCCUCCCUGCUGCUGUCAAACAGCAGCCAGACCUCAGCUGCCGCUCCUGCUCCCUCCCCACACCACGUCCUACCUUCCCAGAUACCCCUGUGCCCAAAUGCAGGAGCUCCGAAGGCUCCCUCAGCUGCCCUGCCUCCCUUCGGUCACCCACUCUUUCCAGUGGCCUUGCUGGCAGCAGCCUCUGCUAUGGCCAUGCUGCAGCCACCCAACUGGCAGCCCCUGGCAGCCCCCCACUGCCCGACCUGCACCUGCGACCAAGACAGGGCAGCUGCAGGCGACAGAAUGGCACCCUAG